AUGUUUCCUUUCGCAUUUUCACUCUUUUUGGUCUCUGGUGCUCUUGGUCAGAGUGUCAGUCAACCUUCUCCUACAUCUACUCUCGAACCCUGUGCGCAGAUUCGUGAACUUCAGAAGACAUCUCUUGCGGCUGACCCGGCUGCAACUGUUUUUCGAUUUCCUCCCGAAGUCGCCUACGAAUGCCAACUCUCGGUUCCUAUCGUUCAAAACGACGCUUUUCAAAUCAUCGAUGGCUUAAGAGCACUUGUCGAAUGGCAAAGUACACUGGGCUGGUUGAAGAAUCCCCCUGCGGGCUAUCCAUUUCGGCCUGUAGAUCUUGUUGGGGGACUAGAAGAGCUUAGGUCACAAGUCCAAUCGGGGCACCUGAAAAGCGAAUUGGAGUUUGAAUGGAAACUCAUCGGAUUGCUAAGUUCCGCCAGGGAUGGGCAUUUACAAUUCCACCCCGAUGCAGACUUUGUGUUCUCGUUUCGAAACCCCAUCGGUAAUCUCGUCUCUGUAUCCUCUGAUGGAAGAGCUCUUCCUGAGGUCUACCUGUAUAGCGAACUGAUUCGGGGUAUCAGCGAGGGCUGGGAGCCGUCGGCGAUUUCCAAACUCAACGACAUUGAUAUUGUGGAAUGGCUCACUUACGAAGCUCUUAACACAACUUUCACCUUCCAAGACCCUGACGCAAACUAUAAUUUCCUCUUCUAUUCAAAUACCGGCUCCGACGGUGCAUUCUUUGCAAACGCUGAAAGUCGAUACAACGGAACCGACAUGACUGUAAACUUCAAGAAUGGCAGCACAGCGUCUUAUGGCUGGGUAGCCGCCACCGCCAAAAGUUUUGCAGCCGUCGAAGAUGGAACCUCCUUCUACAAUGCCUUUUGCAAUGUGACACAGAAGCUCAGCAACACUGACCCCGGUUCGUCAGCGGCGACAUCAGACGCUUCUCCUGGUGCCAGUGACCCUAACCAAUUGAGACCACUUUACCCCAAGGCCUUGGUGAUAAGUGACGAUGCCUCUAUCGCAGGAUACUUUUCGGAAUCGGACCCCGACACGGCGAUUCUCUCCAUUAACGGGUUUUCUGAAGGGGCGGCUCCAUCAGCUCAACAAACUAUGACAUCGUUCCUCAACAUGUGCAGGGAACAAAACAAAACAAGGCUGAUUAUUGAUCUGAGCCAAAAUGGAGGAGGAACCAUUAUGCUCGCAUACGACUAUUUCAAACAGCUCUUCCCGUCACUUGAACCGUACCUUGCGGGUCAGCUCCGUGCCCAUGAACAGUUGGAUGUUUUGGGUCAAUACUUCACUCCCCUUGCUGAACAAGCUCAGAGAGAUGAUCCUUCCAAUUUGACCUAUCUCACCGACAGAGGAAGGUACGGGUAUUUCGACGCUCGAUCUUUUGUCAACGAUAGCGGUCAAAUUUUCGAUUCUUGGGACGACUUCUAUGGUCCUGUGGACCGCAAUGGAGACAAAUUUACGAAUCUCUUUCAGUUAUACAUCAGGAAUGCAGAUUAUGACCAUUCUAGUGGCGCCAUCACAGUGUCUGGAUAUGCAAAUAACAGCGAGAUUGCCCCACAGCCUUUUGACCCGGAAAACAUCAUCACAUUUACCGACGGAUACUGUGCGUCAGCAUGCACAAUUUUCAUGCACCUAAUGAGGUACCAAGCAAAGGUGAAGACAAUCGUCGCGGGCGGUAGGCCCCAAAUGGGUCCUAUGCAGUAUGUCGGCGGAGUAAAAGGAAGUUUGGAUAUGCCCUUGGACUAUGUAUACAACCAAACCAAAUACCUCUACGAUCAUGCACCAAAAGAAAUGAUCGAAAGAGCAAACAAAACCCUCCUCAAAUCGAUCUUGGACUAUGGUUCUUAUCUCCAGCUACGCAGUGUAAGUCCGCAAGCACUGCCCUCUGUUAACGGCCAAAACGCAAUUUCUCAGUACGACUCGUCGGAGACCCCUUUACAAUUCGUUACCGAGGCUGCAGACUGCCGAAUAUGGUUCCAGCCGAUACACAUGGUGAAUAUCACAGCGCUAUGGGAUACAGUGGGCCAACAAGCGUUUGGACUGAACGACACGAAGCCAUAUUCCCUUUGUGUAAAGGGUAGUACGAAUGACCCUACGAGUCUCAACGGAAAUGGAACUUUCUAUGACGAUGGCCGUCUCGCAAACGUGACGGGCUACGAUCCCGACAACAAUGGGACUGUUUCCGGCACAGAAGAUGGGAACAAUUCUGGAUCGAUAGACGGGACAAAUGGGGCAAGUUCGCUAUCCAAUGGACCGACAAUUUUGAUGGUGCUUGCCUUGUGCUCAUUCUCAGCUUUACUUUAG